GAGAGAGAGAGGCUGUUGAGGUGUCUCAGUCUUAGUUCUGGAUCCAGAGGAUCAACAUGGCUCCCGGCAGCAGGGGGACCGGACUCUUCAGGACCCUCCUGAUCCGCUGCACGACCCCGGGACCGGGUCAGGCCAGGACCGGACUACACAGAUGUCUCUCGUCCCUGCCGCCACCGGGGACCUGGACCUCCGAGCUGUCCCGGCUGUGCCACCGUGAUCUGCACCGGCUCUCGGUCACGGAUCCGGAUCAGUUCUGGGGGUCCGCUGCCGCUGACAGACUCCGCUGGAUGAAACCGUUCCACCGGGUCCGGGACUGCGAGCUCAGCAGCGGGAAGAUCAGCUGGUUCCUGGGAGGGAAGCUCAACGUGUCNGUAAACUGUCUGGACGUCCAUGUUGAGAAACAUCCGGACCGAGUGGCUCUGAUCUGGGAGCGAGAUGAACCUGGCACUGAGGUGAAGAUCACCUACAGAGAGCUGCUGGAGACCACGUGCCGCCUCGCCAACACCCUCAAGAGCCACGGGAUCCAAAAGGGGGACAGGGUGGCCAUUUACAUGCCGGUGUCGCCGCUGGCGGUGGCGGCCAUGUUGGCGUGCGCCCGUAUCGGUGCGGUGCACACCGUUGUGUUUGCUGGCUUCAGCUCCGAGGCUCUGGCAGGGAGGAUCCAGGAUGCACAGUGUAAAGCCGUGCUCACCUGUAACGAAGGUGUGAGGGGCGGCCGACUCGUCAAACUGAAGUCGACGGUGGACGCGGCGGUGAAGAACUGCCCGACUGUCCAACACGUGUUUGUUUCUCAGAGGACGGAGACGCCGACCGCGAUGGGAGAGCUGGACGUCCCCCUGGAGGAGGUGAUGUCCUCUCAGUCUGCUGUUUGUCCUGCGGAGCCUCUGGACAGUGAAGAUCUUCUGUUUCUGCUGUACACAUCAGGAAGUACAGGCAAACCUAAAGGCAUCGUCCACACACAGGCUGGAUACCUGCUGUACACCUCACUGACACACCAGGUACACACACACACACACCUCACUGACACACCAGGUACACACACACACACCUCACUGACAUGCCAGGUACACACACACCUCACUGACACACCAGGUACACACAAAGGGGCGUGUGGAGAGCUUUUAUUUUGAAAACCUGGCUGUAAGCUGUGAGUUGGAAGGAGCUCAGUUCUUUAACGGUUGUAAUUCGGGUCGUGUUUGAGCGAGGAAGUAAAGACAAAGGAGAGCAGUUACACAACAGGCCGA